AUGCGGCCACUCGAGCGAUUUUUCCACGGAUAUGGAAAACUUGUAGCACGACAUCCAUGGCCAUUCAUUAUCGUACCUGUGAUACUAACAAUCAUAUCCUCAUAUGGAUAUAAAUACUUUCAUAGUCAGGACGAUAUUUGGGAUAUCUAUGCACCAACCAAUGGACGUUCACGAGUAGAAGAAGCUGGCUUGAAGCCAUUUGAAUAUGCUUCUGGAUCACAUCAUCAUCGUAUGCAAAUUAUCGUUACGAAGAAGAAUGGAGGCAAUCUCUUACAAAGUUACUUAUUGAAAGAAAUGGAAGAAGCACAUAAGUAUGUAACUGAGAACAUCACGCUGUUCAAUGGAAUUCGCGAGUUUGAAUACAAGGAAGUAUGUGGAGCUUACUGUAAUGAAAGCAAUGGAGCUGUCUUAGCUUUCCUUCAAGCUUUCACCACUCCUGAACACUCUCCAAGUAUAAAACUGACUUUCCCAAAUGCUGAAGCUUUGCAACGAAAAAUAUUCAUUGGAUACUCAAUUGGAAAUCUUACUUUCAAGAACGGUAACCCUGAUGAAGAAGUUAAAGAGAUUCGGAUGGUACUGUUACAUUAUAUGGUUGACACGAACAUUAUGAAUGGCAAAGACAUGGCUCUCGACUAUGAAAUGAAACUGCGUAAAGUUUUCGAUGCUUUAACUGAAGCAUCCCCAGAGCUGAACUAUCAAUUCUUAAGUCGAGUAAGAGAACUGGAAGAGCAACGCAACAUUACCAUAAUGGCUGUACCGUUCCUUUCAUUAACCAUCUUAGUGUUGACAUGCUUCAUGCUCAUCACGCUGAUUGACUUCCCAUUAUAUCGCAGUCAACAUCUUGAGUCGCUGAUUGGUGUUAUAUCACCUAUGAUGGCUCUCUGGACUUCAGCUGGUUUUCUGUUUUGGCUUGGAUUCCCAUUCAGUAACAUUCUGACUGUCGUCCCAUUCUUAGUUAUAACUAUUGGAAUUGAUGAUGCUUUCCUCAUCUUAGCUGGGUGGAGGCAAUCCACGAAAGGAGCUUCAUUAGAAGAAAGAUUAGGAGAAUCAGUAGCUAUUUCUGGUGCAUCAGUUACAGUAACUUCUGUAACAGAUGUCCUAUGCUUCGCUAUAGGCUUAUUCUCAAAUAUGCCUGUUGUUCAAUUAUUCUGUUUAUACACAACUGUUUCCUUGUUUGUUGAUUUCUUUUAUCAGAUGACUAUAUUUACUGCCAUAGUUGGAAUUAUUUCCAAAAGACAAUUAGCUAAAGAUGAAGAGAAGGUUGAUCAUUCGUCCUUUGAACGUAUAAAAGCUAAGCUUAAAGAGACAACCGGAAUUUCCAGCUUCUCUUUGGGUUCAACUAGCGACAAGUCAUACUUGGAAGAGUUUGUAUCUCAUUUGCAUACAAGACCCAUCCAAUUGUUGAUCCUUGGAAUAUUCUUCACGCAUAUAGGGGUCGGAUCAUACUUCGCUGCCCAGGUUAACACGGACUUUGACAUGGAAAACCUCUACUUGCACGAUUCUCCUUUGACUGAUAUCUCACGCCGUAUGCAGGAUUUCUUACUCCGAGAGGCGUUUGUUGUCAAUUUCGCUGUUCAACCUAUUCCCGAUUUCUCUGAUGAGAUUCUACGUGAAGAGUUUGAAGAAAUGCUUGUAAAACUCGAGUCGAUUCCCAAAUACGGAGGCGGAAGUGAUCGAACCAAUGUUUGGACAAGAGAUUUUGGAAACGCUGUUGCCUUUUGGGGUGAUGAAGAAAACUUCUGGGAAGAGACAGAGUUGUUGAAGAACUAUCGUGAGUAUGGCAUGGAAGAGAAGUACAUCAACACAAAGAACACUUCAAGAGGAGAAGUCAUUGAUGGUUUCUACUUCUCAAUGACCUAUCACAACAUGUCAUCCUUCUUAGAAGUCGAAGAUAUGAUGUAUAAACGACGUGAUAUCCUAGCAAGCUAUCCUCAAUUCCAUAUUCUCUCUCAUCAUCCAUUUGAGAAAGUACCAACAGAGAGUGCUGCCAGUGCUCCAUCCAAUUUCUAUCAAACAGUCGUAGCAGCUGUUACAUUGAUGUCUCUUCUUGUUCUCUUGUUUGUUUUGAAUGUUGAAGCAAUAAUAUCAGUUGUUAUUUCAAUCAUUUCCAUAUGUAUAGGUGUUGUUGCAUAUCUUCAUCUGUGGUCUGUGCAUUUGGAUGCUGUUUCUCUCAUUUCCAUUCUUAUGAGCAUUGGUUUCUCAGUUGAUUAUUCAGCUCAUGUCUGCUAUCACUACUUUGCACAUGCAGCUGAAGAAGAGAAAGAACAUGGUAAAGCUAAUACAGCUACAAUAGAAUCUCAAUCAACAAGCACUGAAUCAACGGAUUCGUCACAGAAGUCAGAUACAUCAUCGUCAUCAUCUACAUACUUCCGAAUUCUUGUUACAUUGAGAGGUGUCGGCUGGCCUGUCGUUCAAAGCGGUCUUAGCACAAUUAUAGGAAUGUUCCCUUUGAUGUUCAUACAAGCAUAUGUCGUUGCUGUCUUUUGGAAAACUGUGAUACUUGUUGGAAUUCUUGGAAUGUUCCAUGCAUUACUAUUACUUCCAGUUAUUUUUAUUCUUACAAAUGAUCUUAAACGGGCUAUCAUCUCCUUAUAUAGAGGACAUUAA